AGCAGCAGGAGCAGCAGCACUGUGGUCGUCUGUUUGUAUGUAACAUGGCGGCAAUCUGGUGACUCAGCCUCACGUCUUGUCGCUGGCAACGUGUAACUCUUAUAGGCCUGCAUUUGCUGGCUUUUUCACGCACACAUUUCACUGAGAAAAGUCACUAAUUGUGGAUACAAUGGAUACAAAUGCAAUUAGCUAUAAAAUCGAGCCUGUAAUGAGAGAAGCUCGAGACAAAGGACAGAUAAGCAGAAUUAAAAAGCUGAAGAGAAGAAUAUCUGCAAGUUUUGGACGCUUGACUAUUAGUAAAGAAGAAACUAUUCAUGAAAGUGAUCAUGAGAGUGACAGUUGUCCCAGUUCAAUUGGUUGUAGCUCCUCCACUCACCACUUGUCUUCAUCUUCCCAGAACGUGCCAUUACUCAAUGGGGAUCAUUCCAAAAAUGACAUUUGCUCUGUGCGAAAAGAAGCAACCUUGCCUCGAUUAUCAGCCUAUCCUGUUGUCCCAAGAACCACAGUAAAAAAGUGGACCCCUGUCAAAAGACAUCAUUCUGCAGGUGACAUGUUGGUCACUGAAAUAGAGCCAGGUAAUGACCUGGAUAAAGUAGAACGUCCAAAGUCAGAAGGACAUGCUUACACCAGGCAAUUUUCACCAAAGAGAACAUCUAGUUAUGGGGGCCAAUCUCCUUUUGGAAAAGCAAUCUCAUAUAAAAAACAAGAAAGAUUAGGUGAAGGUUCAUAUGCAACAGUUUAUAAAGGAGUCAGCUGUUUAACAAAUCAAGUGGUAGCUCUUAAAGAAAUCCGGUUGCAACAAGAAGAAGGAACUCCUUUUACAGCCAUUCGAGAAGCUUCAUUAUUAAAGGUCCUUAAACAUGCAAACAUUGUCACAUUGCAUGAUAUAAUCCGUACAGAUGAAACAUUAACAUUUGUUUUUGAAUAUGUUCAUACAGAUUUGAGUCAGUAUUUAGAAAAACACACCGGUGGAUUAAAUGCAUUUAAUGUUAAGUUAUUUGCAUUCCAGUUGUUAAGAGGAUUGGCAUAUUGUCACAAGAGGCAGAUUUUACACAGAGACUUAAAGCCUCAGAAUCUCUUGAUUAGUGAUGAAGGGGAACUUAAACUUGCAGAUUUUGGUUUAGCCCGAGCCAAGUCUGUUCCUAGUCGAACAUAUUCCCAUGAGGUUGUCACUCUUUGGUAUCGGCCGCCAGAUGUACUGCUUGGAUCAACAGAAUAUUCCACAUCCUUGGACAUGUGGGGAGUUGGUUGUAUAUUUACAGAGAUGAUAUCUGGUGUUGCCACGUUUCCUGGGAUGAAAGAUACAUACGACCAAUUGGAUAAGAUCUUUAGAAUCUUAGGUACCCCAACCGAAGAAUCCUGGGAAUCAGUAACGAGUUUACCUAAUUAUGAUAUAACUAAAUUCAAUUUGUAUAGCCCCCAGCCACUUAUUCCUUGUAUCUCUAAACUUGGUUGUAUACCAAAUGCAGCUGAAUUGUCAACAAGCCUUCUACAAAUGGAACCUUCCAAACGAAUAUGCGCCUCCGACGCAAUGAAACACGAAUACUUUUGGGAUCUCCCACCAAAGAUUCACCAAUUACCAGAUGUGGCUUCCAUAUUUGACAUUCCUGGUUUGAAACUUCUGCCUGAAAUGAAUGAACCAGUCAAUGCUGCUCAAAAAAAGCCCACUUGUCGCAGUGGCAUACGAACCACGUUAAAGGCAUGAGAAUGGGAUUGGUUCAUAGAGACUAUAGAUAUGAAAGUUUCUACUCAAGAUGGCAACUCAUUUGGAUUGUUCAACAUUAGAGACCACUAGCAGUAGUGAUGGUCACUAAUGAUCCUCUCAACAGAUUUCAUUUGUUCCUUUGGUCUCAUUAUUCCACAUUAAUCAUCCAUAAUGAUCAAUCUAAGUUUCAAGCUGUAGCCAAGCUAGACCAAGAUCAUCUGCUGCAUAUUCCUGUUAAAUAUGCUCCACAAUAUUUGCUGUCCAUUCUUAACAGAUCUCUAUUGAAAUGGUCAAUUAGAAAGAAAAUGUUAAUUUGUGUUGUUGAAAGACUAAACAAGCUGGCGUACACCAAAGAGGAAUACCAUCUUGAACUAAAAAAAAUAACAACCAAAACAAACUUGAUUUAUAUCUGAAACUAGUCCAUUGCUUAGAGCCUCAAUUUUGUGCCUGCAAAUCUCCCCCACAUCCAACAUUACUACUAUAAUAGUGAUUGAAAGAACUUUCCAAGACACAGACAAGACUUUUUUUCCUAUUGCAAUAUAUUUAAAACUGGCUCAACAUAUGGAGAGAGAGAGAGAGAGAAGAAAAAAAACUAUGCCUGCAAUGGGCCUGUAUUUCAUAAAGUCCAGAAAAAUGGUGAAAAAGGAAAUUUUAUUUUCGAUACUGAACUCCAAAGUAUAAAACUAAACCCUUAAUCAUGUGAAGCAGUGAGUGGCGUUGGAACUAAAUUCUUCGUGUAACCUUCCACUCCUCCAGGUAUUUUCUUUAAAACGUCUACUUCCCCCAUAUUAUGACAAUCCAAUUGCUAAUUCCUCUAAAUUGAUUAUUACUGGCUGAUUGUUAAAGAAAGCCAGUGCUGUUUGUGCCCUUCUCUGUCUGAACCCAUUAGAUUCUGUUAUAUUAAACGAUUAUAGUUAUGACUGCUAAUUCAUGAAUGCUUUUUUUUUUUAAAAAGAAAAGAAAAAAAAAAUCCUACUCCCUAUUUAGCAGUUAAUAAAAGCCAUUUGGCUGUGUUAUUUUCCAAGUUUUGGAUAGAUGAAUGAGUAAAUUACACUUUGUGACAUUUUAUAAACUUUGAUAAAUUAGUUUGUUACACGAAGGUUUACAAAGAAACAAAACUUAUCAAGUAGAACUGGUUCAUCUGCUCUAUAAAUAAAUACUCAAAAGUGAUUUUUUUUUAACGAAAAAGAAUAUUUGUUUAAAAAAUAUUGAAAAGCUGUGAAAGAGAUAAUUCUUUACAUUUAUACAAAAUAAAACAUGUCCUUGCACGCAAUACACGGUGCUGACAUGAUGAAGUUAUGAAGAUUUUAUUACAAUCUUUUCUUAUAAAUCGAAUCUGUGAGAAAAAUAUUUUUUCAGAACAAUGAAUGACCAAACUUGCUAUCUUAAAGGGACCACCAAUUUCCAUUCUAUGAAAGCUUGAGUGCUGAAGUCAUAAGGGAUUUCUGUGAUCAAACAUCAGUGCUAGAAGAAACAAACAGCACUAAGUAAUGAAUCUUCUUUAACCAGCUGAUAACUUACUGGUUUUGGGGGCCUAAAACUAAUUCCUGAAAAUCUUGUCAAACAUCAAGAAACCACACACAAUUAGUAAAUGUGUGUCUUGUGUUAGGCUGUUUAGUUGCAGAAAGAAAAAUUUAUAUUCCAAACUAGAAUGAUACAAUGGGUCUAAUUAUUUUGAAAUAUUUAGACUAGACAAGGAAAGCAAUAAUAAUUUACUUUUACUGAAAAUGUUAAAGAAAAACUAAAAGAUCUAAUGAAAAAUUUCUCACACUGCCGUAAAAAUUCAUGUUUUCUCAAGUUUUGCUUUCAAAUUAAUCUUGUUCCUUGAUAAUUUUAAUCUGGUUGGCAGUUGAUGCUUAUAGCAAUUUAGAGCUACUAAUCCUAAUCCUUUAGAAUUUCCUCUGUCUGACCCCCUACCUUUAUUAAAAACCUAAAUCAUUUCCAGUAGAAAUACCCUUUCCCAAAACAUACCAAAUCCUGAUUCCUUUUUCUUUAUUCACAAAGCUUUAAAAGAUGGCACCAGCCCAUCCUUAUGCCUCAGUACUCACCAUAAUCCCAGAGUGAGUGAGACCCCUAUAUACUUUUCUGAUAAUAGCUCGUUUGGAAACUAAUAUUAUGAUAAUCAAAAGGUUUGCUCAAAUUGUUUAAGCAUAGUUAUGCUGAUUGCUUUAGCAUGAUAUUUAUGGAAAAAAAUAUAAAACUAACAAAAAAACAAACAAACAAAACAUAGAAAGUAUUCAAUGGAUCAUCUCCCAAAUCUCAUAGCUAUAAAUUACCCCCGCCCCACUUUUUUUUUUUUUUAUGAACAUCACAUCAUUCUGCCAUUGAUAUUUUUCUUUUUUGCAGAGAUCUGUUCAUCAUGAAGAUAUUUCUAAAUUUAUUUUAUUUGGUCCACUUACGUGAAGUCUGUGGCAUUGCUUCACUCCAUAAAUAUAUAAAAUUUCCUAUCAUCAUUCGGUUUCCAAUUCAUCAUACUCACAAAAUGUGCAUCGUUAUGCACGCUGACUGUUAACAAAAUAAUGCAAAUUGUACAUUCCUGCAUUUUUUUUUAUUCUGUAAGAACUUGGAAUAAAUACUUUCUGUAAAGAUUGUUUAAAAAAAAAA